CUGCGGGGGCGGGGCGUGUUCGGGCUUGGCUUCAGGAUUGGUCCCUGUCUUCGGACUUGGGCUUGGAUUGGAAGGUGGGAGUGUCAGCGCGCUCCGGGAGGCGUGGCCGACACUGAUAAAGCCAGGGCGCGGCGCGGCAGCUGCAGUCAGUUUCACCGCAGUCGAGCGUCUGCGCUGUCACCGGGAGGCGGGGCCCGGCCGCUGAGUCCUCUUCAAGCCGCAGUUUUCGCCCAGCCCGGUGACUCGCCGCAACCUCCGCAGAGGAGACGGACCCCUGCUCCCUCAGUCAGAGAAAUGUCUGCUCCAGCUCAGCCACCUGCCGAGGGGGCAGAAGGGGCUGCCCCAGGUGGGGGCCCCCCUGGCCCUCCCCCUAAUUUGACCAGUAACAGACGGCUCCAGCAAACACAGGCACAAGUGGAGGAGGUGGUGGACAUUAUGCGUGUGAAUGUGGACAAGGUCUUGGAGAGGGACCAGAAGCUGUCAGAGCUGGAUGACCGAGCUGAUGCCUUGCAGGCGGGAGCCUCACAAUUUGAGAGCAGUGCAGCCAAGCUAAAGAGGAAGUACUGGUGGAAAAACUGCAAGAUGAUGAUCAUGCUGGGGGUCAUCUGUGCCAUCAUUGUGGUCGUUAUUUCUACUUUUUUACUUGAGAAUGUGCCGCCUCUCCCCUGUUCUCCAUCUCCAUCCAAACUCAUGUUCUUUUCCCUCUUGUUUGUUCUCUCAACACAUGCCUUCACUCACUCCCUCCAUCCCAGUCCAGGCUUCCCUACAACCCACCCCUCCUUUUCCAUUGCUGUUAUUUGUAUGACAUCCCUCGGCAUGUAAAAUGUUGCUGGUGGCGUGGCCUGGAGGCAACGGCAACAGCGGGAGCCUCCCCACAUCUUCCCUAUGUCACCUCAGUUUCCUCAGUGAGAAGUGGAGGCCAAGGGAAGGGGAAUGGACACAGUCAAGAAGGUGCCAAGACCUAGAGAGCAGAUGGGCACUGGUGUCGCUGGGAAAGGCCAGGCUGCUCGUGAAUGGAGGCUGUGCACAGCUCAGGGGCAGUCUGGGGCUGCCCACUGGCCUCUGCCAGCCCUGUGAGGGACCUUGGGGUGGACCCCAGAUUCAGUGUGGUUCCAUCAUGACACCUUUCUAGAAAGUUGAGCCUGAGGUUCUGUAGUUCUUUCUAAUCUGUGGGUCCAGGAUUUUUUGUGUCUUCUGGGAUCUGAUAGCCUUCUUUCUUUGUUCCCCAGAGGCCUGAGGAACACAUACUCAUUGUGAAAAUGUGGGGACUCACUUCUCCUGCUAUAAGUGGUCCCCCUGACUGGAAGGGGUGGAUACAUUUCUGAUAUAUAUAUAUUAGAAUUUAUUUACUCAUGAGAAAGGUAGGAGGAGAAAGAAUCAGACAUCACUCUGGUACAUGUGCUGCCUGGGAUUGAACUCAGGACCUCAUGCUUGAGAGUCCAAUGCGUUAGCCACUGUGCCAUCUCCCGGACUACUCUAUAUUGUUUUUAUUUAUUUAUUUAUUAUUGGAUAGAAAUUUAGAGGAAAGGGGGGAGACAGGGAGCAAGACAGACAUCUGCAGCACCACUUCACCACUCAUGAAACUUUAUUCCUGCAGGUGGGAAGCAGGGGCUUGAACCAGAGUGCUUGCACCUUAUAUGUGUGCUCAACUAGGCAUGCUACUGCUUGACCCCUUACAUUUUGUACUGUCUGUGAAGACGCCCAAUAAGUCCAUGUCCUCAAAGCUUGGGACUCUCAGUUAAUUUAAUUUUUAUGAGUUAUUUAUUUUUUCAAAGUAAUAUAUAUUAUUAGAGAGACCAGAGCCCUGCUCAGCUUGGGCUUAUGGUGGUGCUGGGGAUUGAACAUAGGAAAUCAGAACUUCAGGCAUCAGAGUCUACAGAACCACUAUGCUGUGUCCCCAGCCUGCUGAGCCAAUUUUAAAUACUGGUGUAGAUGGAGAGAGAAAACCUGUUAAAUGAGAGACAAAGUGUGCCAUGGGCCUGAUUUGAAAAUGUUGUAUGCAGGGGAGUCUGUCCUUCCUCCCUCCCUCCCUGUCGACUAGGAGCAUGGAGGUGUGAAGAAAGCAAAUACUCUGGGUUUUUCAGAAAUCCUUCCUCCACACCUCUCCUGUGUACUUGCUGAAGACAGGGUGAGACAGGUGGGGCUUCCUGAGGCCUGGCUGGGUUUUUUUCCUAUCCUGGGUUUUUUUUUUUUUUAGAUUUAUGUAAUUUAUUUAUUUUAGAUAGAGACACAGAGAGAUCACAGAUAGACAGAGCUUCCUUCAGUGCUGUGGGAGGUGGUGGUGUGCACAGUGGAUCACUGUGCUGACCUGGGCUGUCCAUCUAGAGCCACUCUCUGUUUCUUCUGCCCAUCCAGCUCCUUCUCACUCCUUCCCUCUUCUCCUCCUUGUAGAGUUUGUGGGCACAGUGGGGCCUGUGAGUGGGAGCUGCAAAGCCUGUCUGGGGGUCACACGGUAGGGCUGAAGGAGAAGGCUGGGCACAGAGGGGAGCCCCCACCACCACCCUGGCACCCUCCCAGGCUGGGUUCAUAGUAAGAGGAAGCUGAGUCCAGGUUGGUUGGGUCUGGACAUCACUUUCCAUCACCCAUCCUCUUCCCUGUUCCUAUUUCCCCUUCAUCCUGAAGAGCUAGAAGAAGUAAUUAAUGUACUUUCCCACUGGUCCCCCAAGGCCUCCACUCUCCUCUGGGCUUUGCCUGACGUGAGGGUCACCACCACAGAAAAGUCACUAUGUCCUGGAUGUGGCCCCAGUCUGGAGCUCACCCACCCUGUCACAAAGGUUGUAUCCUGGGUCUCUGUUCCCUUCCUCAGUCCCUCCCCACAGUGUAGCUGGUUGUGUUUUGCAGGGGGAUGUCAGCCCUUCUUUCUUUCCUUCCUUCCUUCUCUUUCGCCCCACCACACCCUCCCCUGCCGUUGCGCCACUCCCACGUGCAUGAGCCAAUCCACAGCCCAACCCAGGACUUCACAGUCAAACGCCACCCAGCCCGCCCUUGGGUUUGCCAUGGAUGAGAAGCGACAUUUCCUUUAUGUGCCUGUCAUCGCCCGUCGGCUCUCCCGACCCCCAUCUUGUUCUCAGAAAUGGUAACAGCUGCACUUUCACCAAAGGCAUGAGGCCCACCCACUGCUCCGUGUUACUCCCAACCCAGGCAAAAAAAAAUACAACUUCCUGCCACCA